CUCCUGGCAAGGGGACACCAUAGGAGUGUAAAGACAUCAUUGGUGGCAAAUGGAAUGAUGGGUCUAUCUAGCCAACAUGGACACAGAAAUACAGGCAUAGAAGAAGGAAUGGCUUAAAGUCAUGCCUCUCCCCUGAUUACUGUCACCGAACACCACAGUGUCACGCUGCUAAACUAGUUUCACUUUCACGUUGUUGGAAUCCAUUUUACUGGACGAGGGAGGAGGUGCAGCAGGAAGUGCAAUAAUCACAAAGAAAUUCUCCAAACGGACGCGGAGAAGGGCUGUAAGAAGCAGCUGAACCCCGUUUCUCAGGCGCGGAAUAGGACCAGGACCACCAUGAGCGAACCCGUGUAUCACCAGACGACCGUACCAGCUGGGCAGGACGAGAAGAAGACCACCGGCCUGUGUGGGUCCGAUCUGAGUAAACCAAUCCUGGCACUGAAAGUCGCGCAGACGGUGAGUGCCCGCCUCGCAAUGAGCUCGGCCUUUAACCCUCUGUAGUGGAGGAGAGGGGGUUAAUUGGUCACCAUGCCUCUGAGAUAUGAACAUGGGGGAAGGGGUAGUUGGCCCUUUAACCCUGUGAAUUGAAGUAAAGGGUCUUUAACCUCUGAAAUAUCACCUGGGGGUAAUGAGUCUUUAACUGUUUGCGAUAUCACAGGGGUAAGGAGAUUUCACCCUCUAUGUCACAGGGGGCUAAAGGGGACCAUUAAUUCCCAUUCCCUGCAUUGUAGAGAACAAAGUACUGCUGUAUUCUCCUAUUCCGUAAACAACUCAUGGCGAUCCGAACUGGGGUGGUAACUUUGGAGUAAUGUAUAAAGGGCAAUUCUGGUGGAACGUUCUAAAAGUAAAGCAGUUAUAAGGAACAAUCUAUUUUUUUCCAUGGCGACUACUCCACGUUUAGAACUUUGCCCCCGAGUUACACUUUAUACACAACCCUCAUUGUGAUCUGCAGCUUCCCUGUUUCAUUUUCUUAUCAAUUCCUUUAAAGAACGCUGUAUUAUAUAUUAAUGUUGUAGCCAAUAAAUAGCUACCUUGUUUAUUUUGCCCUUCUUCACUCACUUUGGCAGAAAGUCACUCUAAACACUUUCCUACAAAUUAUACCCAUUUUGUUAAGCUAACAAAGGGUGAAGCUUGCCCUAAGCUCCACCUUUUGGUCACAAGUGUCAGGUGUAGGAAAAAUACAUUAGACAAAGUAGUCCCUAGUUUGUCGUGUGUGUGUGUAUAUAUAUAUAUAAUAUAUAUAUAUAUAUAUGUGUGUAAUUUUUUUUUAACAUUCUGUUUUUAUUGGUACUUUUCAGGUAAUAGGGGGUACAGAAGAGAAUGGGUAGGAUGCGGCACCAACGUAAAGCGUCAGACAUGCUGCAAUGACUGUUUUGACAUUCUGUGGUUGGGUACAAACUUAAAGGACCACUAUAGUGCCAGGAAAACAAACUCAUUUUCCUGGCACUAUAGUGUUAAUAGGUCCCCCCACCCUCAUGGCCCCCUUCCCGCCAGGCUCUAGGGGGAGGAAGAGGUUAAACGCUUACCUUUCUCCAGCGCCGGGCUUCCUUGACGCUGAGGACUCUCCUCCCUCUUCCGACGUCAUUUCUCAAUGCUUUCCUAUGGACGGCAGCAUCUUCUCACUGUGAAAAUCACAGUGAGAAGCGCGGAAGCGCCUCUACCGGCUGUCAAUGAGACAGCCACUAGAGGCUGGAUUAACCCUAAUGUAAACAUAGCAGUUCCUCUGAAACAGUUAUGUUUACAGCAGGCAGGGUUAACCCUAGAUGGACCUGGCACCCAGACCACUUCAUUGAGCUGAAGUGGUCUGGGUGCCUAUAAUGGUCCUUUAAAGGAUUAUGACCAUGUACAGGUUUGAACCUCUGAUAGGAGGUGCAUCUUCGUUGCGGUCAGACCUUGCACAUCGUUGCGAGUGUUCCUAAUAGUGAUUCGAGGUGUAAGUGGCUCUGUCGAGGCGACUGCUUCCCAGAGUUCUGUUCUUGUCAUAUGUUUUAAAGAGAAAAUGUUUAGAAAUUAAGAACAUAAGAACAGAUUGUGAAAAUGGUAGAGAAGAGGAACAAUAGGAUAGGUCAAUAGCCAAUUUAAUAAAAUGUGUGGUAAUAUAUUAAAACAUGUUUAUGGGUUAGUAAGGAAUUGGUUUGUGGUUUUGAGAGAAUUGAUAAGUUCAUUAGUUGUUGGUAUUUUGUUAUCUUAAUAUUUGUGAGCAUUUUGGCUGCUUUUAUAGUGUACAUUGUUUAAAAAAAAUAACUUGCUUUUUUUUGUUUUUCCCAUUUAAUUUUUAAAAAAAAAUAUAAUCAGUUACUUAUCUCUUUUGAAAUUCUGGUCUUAAUCCCUUAAGGACACAUGACAUGUGUGACAUGUCAUGAUUCCCUUUUAUUCCAGAAGUUUGAUCCUUAAGGGGUUAAAGGAACACUAUAGCAUUAGGAAUACAAAUAUGUAUUCUUAACGCUAUAGAGCCCUUGUCACCGUUUAGGUGACUAGGGCCCUAUUCCACGGUGAAUAAAUGUUUAACAAUUUUUUUUUUGCUUACCUUAAUCCAGCGCCGGGCUCCCUCGGCACUGGUGACCUCUCCUCCUCCAUCGACGCCAGUUUCCGAGUGGAGCUGAAUGCCCGCGCGCAUUCAAACCUGCCCAUAGGAAAACAUUACUCAAUGCAUUGGACUCCGUGAGGACAUCCAGCAUCAAAUAAGUGUGAUUUACUCAGGUUAACCCUCAAUGUAAACAUAGCAGUUUCUCUUAGGGAUGCACUGAAAUUUAGGCUGCCGAAAUUUACAGACGAAAAUGGUCCUAUCCCGUUUCGGCCGAAAAAGGGUCAAAUUUGCAGAAAAUCAAAAAAAAAUUUUUAUGUAGUGCAUAGUUUAACAGACAUGCUUGCAUUAACAAUUCAAAUGAUUAUAUAUCACAAAAGAAGAAAAAGAACGCUGUGGGACAGGGGGAGAAAAGAACGCUGUGGGACAGGGGGAGAAAAGAACGCUGUGGGACAGGGGGAGAAAAGAACGCUGUGGGACAGGGGGAGAAAAGAACGCUAUGGGACGGGGAGAAAAGAACGCCAUGGACAGGGGAGUGGGAGGAAAGAACACCAUGGGACAGGGGAGGGGGGAGGAAAGAACACUUCCAGGACAGGGAGGGGGGGAGGAAAGAACACUACAGGAGGGGGGAGGAAAGAACACUCAUGGGACAGGAGGGGGGAGAAAAGAAACACCAUGGGACAGGGAGGGGGGAGAAAGAACACUAUGGACAGAGGAGAAAAGAACACUAUGGGACAGGGGAGGGGGAGAAAGAACACCAUGGGACAGGGAGGGGGGGAGAAAAGAACACUAUGGACAGGGGAGGGGAGAAAAGAUGGACAGGAGGGGGAGAAAAGCACACCAUGGGACAGGGGAGGGGGGGGAGAAAAAGAACACCAUAUGGGACAGGAGGGGGGAGAAAAGGGGGAGAAAGAACACAGGACAGGAGGGGGAGAAAGAACACUAUGGGACAGGAGGGGGGGAGAAAGAACACUAUGGGACAGGGGAGGGGGGGAGAAAAGAACACCAUGGGACAGGAGGGGGGAAAAGAACACUAUGGGACAGGGGAGGGGGGGGAGAAAAGAACACUAUGGGACAGGGGAGGGGGGAGAAAAGAACCACUAAAAAGAGAAGGGAAGUUUUUCAUAUUAGAUUAAUUAAAUUAAUUAAAACGUCUAAUAAUAAAAUUAUAGGAAAACAUUUUUUAAAAAUCAUUUGGGGGGGGGAAAGUCGUUUUCAGCCAAGGGCAUCCUGAAUUUUCAGUUUCGGCCCAGAAUUUUCAUCUCGGUGCAUCCCUAGUUAAAACUAGGGGGACCUGGCACCCAAACCACUUCAUUGAACUGUGAUGUUGUGUACCUGGAGAAUAUCAAAGAACUGAUUGGAGCUUGUCACUUGACCAACAUGUAAACAUGGUAUUCACGUUAUGACAAAACCCUCAGGCGAUUUACUUCUGAAAAAGGUUUCUGUUUUCUAAAUAGGAAUUGCCAGACCCUGCCCCCUGCAUGCCUUGUCAACAAUAGCUACAGUUUCCCAUAAAUAUAAUUCAGAAUUCACAUUGCAUUUUGUAUUAAAGGGGCACUCUAAGCAAUGAGUUUGGAAUGGGGCCAAUAUUGCUGUCCAUAUUUAUAAAGGGCACGUAUGGACUGGGAUGAGAUUUUGAUCCGUGCAGUUUAAUGCAGAACAGCCCAAUAGGAGAGGCGUGGUCAGAAAGGUGGCUGUUAAGUCAUCACCAGUGACAAGCAUGCCCCCAAAACGGAGUAUGUUAGUGUGAUUCCUCUCCAGGGGAUCCCAUAUGCUUAGCCCUGCUGAAGUGCUUUUGGAUGGGUGAAAAUGCCCUGUUUUUAUUUUUUCUUCUGCUCAGCGCAUGCAAAUUAAAUGACAUGAAUAUGCUGCGAUUGCUAAUGACUUAUUUCUAAUGUCACCAAUAGUGGUAUACCAGAGAACAAAAGUGGGACAGGACUAGUAAAGGGUGUUGUGCAUGUAAUGUUGAAUGGGUUUGGUAACUGCUUUUGGGAUUGCAUGUUUGUAGAGAAGGCUAGUUUGUAGUGUACUAUGUGUGGGUAGGAGCUGUAGAGUGUGUGUAUAGGGGACUUAGAAAUUGUGUAUAGGGGUUGUAAUGUGUGUUUGUAUGUAUGUAUAUGUUUAUAGGGGUUGCAUCAUUUGUGAAUCUAGGAGGUGUAGUGUGUGUAUCUAGACUCUAGAGGUUUUACUGCACAUGUAUGUAAAGGUGCGGUUUGAAAUGUGUGUAGGGAUUAUAGUGCGCGCGUGUAUAGUCUAUGCAUAGGGGAUGUAAUGUGUUUAUAGGGGUUAAAGCAGGGCUCGAAAAAUCCCAGGCGCCAGGUCUCUAUGGCGACUAGGAUUUUAGUCCUGGCACCUGGGAUUUGUUGGCUCAUUCGGCCCUGAGGUGGUCAGCUGCCUAUGAGUGGAGGCGGCCGGCUCAUAAAGAGCGUGUGCAUGUAGUCAGCCUGCCAGUUGAUAGAGAGUGUGGGUAGUGGAUGGAAGCAGUCCUCCAGUGAUGCCGGGAGCCAGAAUAUGACAUCAUUCUGGCCCCGGCAUCACUAAACAGCACUCUAUGGAGCAGAGCAGGGAGAUGACUGAAGCCCCACUGGACCCCUUGGAAAGCCGAACCACUACAGCUCCAGGUAGGGAGGCUGGUUGGUCACCUUGUUAUUGCAGUGACAUGAAUGUGAGUGUGUGUCAGUGAGUAUGUCAGGAGUGAGUGUGUGUGUGUGUGGCAGGAGCGAGCGUGAGUGUGUGUGUGGCAGUGCGACCGGUCCCCCUCCAAUGACAUGGGUGAGGGGAUUUUGGUUUUUACUCACCUUUCUCUUUCUCUCACUCCAAGCACCAUAACCACUACAUUGUGUUGUAAUGGUUGUGGUGCCAGGGUUGCCAUGGCUCUACCCUAUUGUAAAUAGUUUUAUAAUGAUUUGCCUGCUUACCUGGGGUCCACUAAAUGCCAAUUUUCACCUCUUCUUAUCAGCCAACUGAUCGCUGUCAGACAAAGAGCUAGGCCCAGUGAUGUAGCUUCUGUCUCCCUGAAGGCUGUAGUAGAGAUAGGGAGAGGUUCGUGGUGGUUUGAUUACUUACAUUGGGGCCCAAGACACUCCUGGUACCAAAAAACAGUGCUGUAGUGGGUGUAGUGAUUGGAGUGUUGGUGUAAUAGGACAAGUGCUUAGCUCCCUGCUGCCUUAUCCUAGGAGACUAUUGCAGGAACGUUAUGAGAAACACCCAACAACGUGUACCAAAAUAAAAAAGCAUUCUGACUUUUAUAUGGGGUCAGGCAUUAGCAAUUCUGUAUUCAGCCAACCAAUGGUGAUAACACAAAAUGUAGCAAUAUGGAGAAACAGGUAUUCAGCAACACAUUAAAACUUGAAUCUGUAAAACUGGAUGAGAAAAUACAAGCACAAAGACUGUGAAAGCCCAAAACCUCCUAGCUCCUGUGUUAUGAACACUCACAGGGCUAUCCACUAAGGUGAGAAUUCAGCUAGAUUGAGCUGCACAAAUAAUCACUUAGGGGUUUAUUCACUAAAUGUUGAAUUGUAGCCAAUUGUAAUACAAAUGGCAUACUUAAGGCCAAAAUAGUUGACCUGAAAACAUAUUCCAUUACAGCUUUAGCUUAGCAAUUUUAUUCUAAAUACGGUCAUUCAGAUGUCAUUGCACUGCAAUUCUGGGUCUAGUGAAUACAUUCCGUUGUGCAAUGUGUGUACACAAGAAGUUUAUUUCACAGUUUGGUAAAAAUGGAAUACAAAAAAAAUUAAUAAUCAGUUGCACUAGACAUUUGGCAAGUGUGAUGAAUAGUUGUAAAGUUGUAAAAUCACACAAUUUAAUUUAAAUUGCUUCAUUCUGUCAAAAGUUCAAAGAUUAUAUUAAAGUAAAAACUUAGUAAUAGUUACUUGUUAACGUCACUUUUCUGUAUGAAUUGAAAUUGGUACUGCUGUCCCUUUACAAUAAAAUAAUUAAAUUAAGCCCCAGCAUUUUAAAGCUGUUUCUUAUAAGAGAGAAUAAGGCAUGGGUGUGUCUUUAAAUGUUAAUCAUCUGAUGUCAUUUCAACGAUCAGGCCAACUAUUUAACUCGUAAUCCACAUGGGAAUUAACCCAUAAUCUAAUUUUUGUUUUAAAACUAGGAAAACCACAAUACAGCUCUAAAUGCAAAUGAAAGGCAGCAAUGCUUAACAAGCUAAAAACCCAUAAAUGGGCUACAAACAGAACCAUCAAAUCGCACCCAGAAUGUGAAAUUAAGCAAUAUUGCAAUACUGCUCGUAGUGUUUAUAAUAGCUUAGUACCCGAAAGAGAAACACAAGUGUGUGUAUAUAGUGUAACGACAAUGUAUGUCUUGAACAAUGCCCUGUUGAAGUUUAUCUUUGCAGUUUAUAAGCCUAGUAAUUCAAAUGUGUUGUACACAAAUAGUAUGUUAUCAGUUUGCUCAACCCCUACAAAAACUUCAUGAUUUCAUUAGAGUUCUAGCAGUGCAGCAUCAUCCAAUUAUGUGGGUUUCUAAUUUCUCAACAGUUGUGUAGAGGAUAGCAAAAAUUUCCAUUUGAUGUCUGUUCAGAAUAGAUUAACUCAAUUAGAAAGGAGAACGGUCUAUUCGGUGGAAAUUAUUACAGAAUAAAACAUUGUAAAUCCCCUGAUGAUUUAUAUGAUGCUAUGUUUUCUUUUACAUGUAUACUAAAGAUUUAGUAAAAUAGAAAAGUUAUAUAGUUAUUAGUUUGAUGCAGAUUAUAUAUAAAAAAUAGCCCCUUUUAUGUCGCUCUAUUUAACUAGUGUCCUCAGUCAUCCUGUACUAUAUCAGCCUUGCAAAUCUGCUUAUUUUGGUUUUCUCACAUAAGAAACAUUUAGCUAUCUUUUUUAAAUAGAUACUACAGUGCCACCUGGUCUAAUGUGUUUGCCAGUUCCACUGAUUUCCAUCACGAUUUGCCAACUCUUGGUUUUUAUUUAACCCCUUAAGGACACAUGACAUGUGUGACAUGUCAUGAUUCCCUUUUAUUCCAGAAGUUAUGUCCUUUAAAGGACCACUAUAGUGCCAGGAAAACAUACUCUUUUUCCUGGCACUAUAGUGCCCUGAGGGUGCCCGCCCGGCUCUGGAAGGGGUAAAAACGUAACUUUUUCCAGCACCAGGCGGGGAGCUCUCCUCCUGCGAUCCUCCUCCGUUCCUCCCCGUCAGCCGGUCGCAUAGGAAAGCAUUAUCAAUGCUUUCCUAUGGACGCUGGCGUGCUCUCACUGUGAAAAUCACAGUGAGAAGCACUCAAGCCCCUUUAGCGGCUGUCAGUGAUACAGCCGCUAGAGGCUUUUGGGGGAAGGCUUAACCCAUUCUCUGAAACUGCUAUGUUUAUAAAAGAAUGGGUUAAUCCUAGCUGGACAAGCACCCAGACCACUUCUUUAAGCUAGGUUAAACCACUUUUAAAAACUUGAUGAUAAAAAAAAAAAAAAAAAAACUUGAUAAUUGAGGACUAAAAGUGGUAAACGUAAGUUCCAAAAGCCCAAAUGUUGGGAAAUUGCAAAAAACUUUUUUUGCACAUAUCUGGCACUUACAACGUUUACGAUUUUACACGCUCUUUUUACCUACUUAGAGGACUACCAGGCACUUUUCACGUUUACCUCAUUAUAAAGCAUUGCUCAUUUGACACAAAUAUGGAAAACAGUGUUUGGAUUUUUUUGGCACUUACAUCGUUUACCACUUUUAGCCUUCAAUUUGUUUGUUCCUGGCCAAUGAUUAUCUUUACCUUUGUUGAUCUGGAUGUCUUUGUACGGACUAACAGUUGUAAAAGAUUAUUAUUCUUUUGUUGUUGUUUUUUAAAUGGUAGAAAAGGGCAGAAGCCUAAAUCCAUCGACAUGAGCAUCAGGUGUGCUGACGUCACAGUAGGUUUCAGAGGUCUUGGAAGCAUUGCUUGAAACUGUACUGUCAAGCCUUCAAAACAAUUGAACCAGAUAAGCUGGAGGUUAGGAGAAGGGGGGAAAUAUUUGAGGCAUUACAACAACUCCAUCAAGCUGAAGUUGUUAUAGUGCCACUGCACUAUAACAAAAUAAACUCAGAGGAAAUAGCCGGUUUUGUCAGUGUUGGCAUUGCAUAUGGUACUGGAUGAUGAAAAGUUUAUUUUUUUUCCGACAAUUGGUUGUUUACUUUCAAAGAUGGAGCAGUUUCCGGUUUGUUUCAGUGUGACCUGAAUUUCUUGCAGGGUUACUAACUAAAGUGAUAAUUUAAAUUUGAAAUUCACUUUGAAUUCUCAUUUUAGUGAAUAACCCUGUUAAAGGGACAUUGCAGGCACUGUAUAUGCUUCUUCUCAUUAAACUAUGGAGUCCCCUGGUGCCACAAUUUCAUUCACCAUUAAACAGUUUUUAAUGUUAUGCUAAAUGAAAGUCACUAGCAGUCUUUCCCUUCUUUGCUGCUUUGGCUAAUGGGGAAGUAUCAGCCUGAGCAGCUGUGAUUGACUGAGAGUGUCAGCUGACUGCUUUUAGCCUAUCAGAUCCACAACUGCCACUACUGCCAGUAUGAAGAGUAUUACUACAAGGAAAUGUGUAAUCUCUGCCUUAGCCACACCUCCAGAAGGGGCUGAACUGUGGGCGGCCAGAGAAUUUUAUCAGAGUUUCUACAAAAUGUCUUAAAGGACCACUAUAGUGCCAGGAAAACAUACUCGUUUUCCUGGAACUAUAGUGCCCUGAGGGUGCCCCCACCCUCAGGGUCCCCCUCCCGCCCGGCUCUGGAAAGAGGAAAGGGGUUAAAACUUACCUUUUCCCAGCGCUGGGCGGAGAGCUUUCCUCCUCCGAUCCUCCUCUUCUCCUCCCCGUCGGCUGAAUGCGCACACGCGGCAAGAGCUGCGUGCGCAUUCAGCCGGUCACAUAGGAAAGUAGGGAUCGACCGAUUAUCGGUCUGGCCGAUAUUAUCGGCCGAUAUUUGGUAUUUUCUGCAAUAUCGGUAUCGGCCAAUUCAGAUACCGAUUAUUGCCAAUAAUAUAUAACAGGACCGCCGGGCCCAUUACCAGUCCGGCGGUCCUGUGGGGGCCAGCAGCAAGCGUUGACUUACCUUGCAAGCAGCUCCUACAGCUCUCUGUGUAAAUCUCGCGAGACCCGCGGCCGCAGAGCAUUGCCACGGGUUACCAUGGCAACGCUCCGCGCGGCACUAAGAGCCGUGAGAUUUACACAGAGAGCUGUAGGAGCUGCUUGCAAGGUAAGUCAGCGCUUGCUGUUGCUGAGCCACCACUGUACUUAAUAAGCCACUGGACCACCAGAGAAUACUAUAUCCCCCUCCCUGGUAAGAAGCAGGGAGGGGGGACUAAACAAACAAAAAAAAAACACAUUUAAAUAUUAAAAUAAAAAAUUACACAAAUUACAUCACUACACACACACACACUGCACACAUACUGCAUUACAUACACACUACUCAGACACACCCACUGCAUUACACACACACACUACACAAACACAAACUAGGGAGGGGGAACUAAACAAAAAACAACAUUUAAAUAUUAAAAAAAAUUAAAAUAAAAAAUUACACAAAUUACAUCACUACACAAACACAUACUGCAUUACGUACACACAUACUGCAUUACAUACACACUACACAGACACACACACACUGCAUUACAUACACACACACAACACACACUACACAAACACACACUGCACACAUACUGCAUAACAGACACACACACUGCACACACUACACUGCAUUACAUACACACAUACUGCAUUACAUGCACACACACUACACAAACACACUGCACACAUACUGCAUUACAUACACACACACUGCAUUACAUACACACUACAUUACAUACACACUACACAAACAGUGUUUCUUAGAGUGUUCCUUUACUGCUCACAAAGCUUUGAUUAUUGUGGGAAAAAAUUAUAAAAUGUAUUUGUGUUAUGCUUUAACAGGGCUUGGCAUAUUUGAUUUAAAUUUUGUAGUCAGCUAAAUAAGUUGAGAGGUGUUUUUUUUUUCUUUGAUUUUGUUUUUUGUAACUAACAAAGCUUUAUUUUCAACAACAAAAAUACAAUUCUUAAAGAGACACUAUAGUUACCAGAACCACUACAGCUUAAUGCUGUUGUUUUAGUGUCCAUAGCCGGUCCUUGCAUGCUUUUCAGUGUAAACACUGCCUUCAGAGAAUGCUGAACUUUCCCCAUAGAGCUGAGUUGAUUCAAUGUAUCUCUAUGAGGAGAUGCUGAUUGGCACAUGCGCAAUAGCCUCCCAAUGCUUGAUUAUGUCAGCCACGGAGGUGGGGCCAGCCACGACAAGACCUGCAUAUUGUGGGUAAAAAAGUGUUAACGGUUUUAAAAGACAGGGUUAUUCACUAAAGUGAGAAUUGCCAGGAAUUUAAAGUUAAUUUUUUUUUCUUUUUUUUCUGGGGGUUAAAAUAGCCCAAAUUAGAAAAAUUCUCCAUCAAUUAUUUUUCCUGUUUGGCUGUUUUUCUUAAACUUUAAAUUCACUUUGAAUUCCCUGCAAUUCUCACUUUCUUAAAUAACCAUGUAGGUAGUUUUAGAUAAUUUGAUUUGCCUACAUUUUGUUUUCUAUUUUGUAAUGCAUACAUAUAAGUAGAAUCAGUGCAUCCUGUGGCAUAUCAUUGCUCUAUAGGGGAAGUCAUUUUUAAAUCCCCUGUGGUUGGAAUCACCAACACAAUCUUAAGACCCUGAUCGAUUUGAAUGGGCGAAACUUGCUCAGAACAUGUUUUGGAGAUGCCUGGUGCUUGCGUUUGAGGUUGAAAUUCCUGUACAUAAACAGCUCUUAAAUAGUUAUUUGGCCUUUGGUGAUAUGAACAAGAAGAACCUAAAGAUUGCAGGUCAAGUGGAGGGUGGGUAAGACAGGAGAUGUACUGAAAAAAGCUAUGUAUUUAUAUGUAUGCAUUACAAAAUGACAUACACGGAGGCUAUAUAUAUGUAAUAUAUUAUUAUUUAUUAAUGAAAAAUUGCAACAGUUUUGCUUUAAUUCUUUUAUUGUUUGAGGAUCCAUAACUGGAAUUUUCACUGGGGAGAAAUGUAUCCAGUUCUUAGUAAGCCUCCCCGAGUUUGUUCUUUACUGUUUCCCCAGCACAAGGAUGACUGCAUGAAAGGAAAUUGCUUCAAUUAUUAUUGAAAACAUUCUAAAGGGAAACUCCCUUAACUAUAUUUUCUCAGAUGUAAGUUCUAUCUGUUAAAGCAGAGAUGACGCAGGAAGGAUUAGGUUAUGUGGUUUGUGCUACCUAGUUCAUAGGUCUCACAUGACACCAGGAUCCUAUUCCUUACCAGCAGAGAUAAUUAACAGGAAUGGUUGGGGCUACAAGAGUGUGCAAAUUUAUAUACUUAUCUGAUUUAGAUGUACUGGUUGACAGGGCUGAUUAGUAACUUAUUAGACAGGCUACCUUUUUCAGUUUUCAAGUCUUAGGAUAGAGAAAGCCAAUGUCAGCUUUACUGCAACCUGAAUUUGGUUUGCCAUCCCUGUUAAAUCUAGCGUUACCCGUCCAGGCCACCUUUUCAAAUCCAGCAUUCCACAAACAGGCCACCUUUUCAAAUCUAGCAUUUCCCGUCCAGGCCACCUGUUCAAAUCCAGCAUUCCACAAUCAGGCCACCUUUUCAAAUCUAGCAUUUCACACAUAGGCCACCUUGGCUUGGUUAAGGGCACCCGAGUGAAAUGAGAGGGGAACUCCUGAUCUAUGUUCGCUAUUUAUUGUAUAAGCCAGAAACGGUUUAACAUAUUAUAUUGUGUUUAAGUGCAGGGAGUAGUGUUUUUUUUUGUGUGCGUUACUUUAUUAAAUGGUUUAAUGUUUACUGAAUAUAUUGGAAGAGCAAAGGCGCUGCGAAAAUAUGUAAUUAAUUUUAUUGCAUUGAUGACAAGUGUUUUUUUUUUUUUUUUUUGCAAAGGAAGCAACUCUAAUGGCCGUCUGAGUUACUAGGCACCAAUGUAAACACUGCAAUUUCUAUUUAAAAGGCAGUGUUUACAUUUAAAUACCUGCUAGUACUGACUUUACUCACCAGAACCACUACAUUAAAGGGACACUAUAGUCACCCAGACCACUUCAGUUAAAUGAAGUGGUCUGGGUACAAUGUCCCUCAGGUUUUAACCCUUUACAUGUAAAAAUAGCAGUUUCAGAGAAACUGCUAUAUUUACAUUAGGGGUUAAGCCAACCUCUAGUGGCUGUCCUCCUAACAGCUGCUAGAGGCGCAUCUGCGACGCUGGAUGCGAAUUUCGCAUUCCAUCGCGCAGAGCGUCCAUAGGAAAGCAUUAAGAAAUGCUUUCCUAUGGACUGUUUGAAUGCGCGCGCUGUACUUGCUGUGCAUGCGCAUUCCACUCCACUCAGGAGCCCCCUUCAGCGCCACAGGGGGGCGGACCCUGAGGAUGGGGGUACCCUCAGGGCACUAUAGUGUCAGAAAAACCGCUUUGUUUUCCUGAAACUAUAGUGAUCCUUUAAGCUGUAGUAGUUCUAGUGACUACAGUCUCUCUUUAAUUGCCCAAAGGUCUACAUAAAUUAAGUAAUAGCAUGCCCAGAAACCCUUUUUUUCCCCCUUCACAUGACCUCUGUGUCAUUUUGGUAUUUCUGUUGUCCGGUGUGCUUAUUUGUGUUUCCCCAUCAAUAUCAAUUCUCUUCCUUCUAUACAAGUUUCAAAUGCUCCAUAUCAAGGAUGUGAAACUCUGGUCCUCACAUACUGAUGACUUUAAAUUCCCAGAAUUAUUUGAAUAGAUAGUCAGAAAACUCUGAGAGUUGUAGUUCAGUAACAUUUGGGGGGUCAGAGUUUGAGAUACCCGCUCUAUAUCAUUUUAUCCACUCCGCAUCAACAUUACCUGUAUUUCUAUUUUCUUGCACUCCCUCUCAAUUCUCCUUCCAACAGUAAAGCUCAUUGUCAUUUCAAUUUUACAUAACCACCUUUUAUUCUUUCGUUCAUAUUGACUGUCCAACUCAUCUGCUUUCGCCGCCUUCCAAAAAAACGCCCCCUUCACUUCUGUUGCCUAAUCUUUACCAAUAAAAUCCAUGAUAUGCUAAACAGCACUAGCUGAAUAGAUUGUCUGUAACUGUAAUAUGAAGAAUAUACCCAAUUAACAUUACAAAGAUAGCCCUCAGGCCAUAUCAUAUAAUCAUUGCAGUUUAUUUGGUAAACACUGACAUGUAAUGAAUUGAACAUUGAAAUGCAAAAUGUAGGCCAUAGAGUAGGCUAUCUUAAUAGAUUAUGCCUGAAUUAAAGACUGUUUCUAAAUCAGCACUUUUUGUGCCUUGAGUUAACUGCUAUUCAGUGUUUAGAGAAUAAAUUGUUUUGAAUGAAUAUAAAUACAAAACGUUGAACUCUACUUUAACCCCUUCGCGACCGCGGACGGUUCAGGACCGUCAUCGGAAAAAUCCCCUUGAGGACUGGUAACAGUCCUGAACCGUCAUAACGGUAAGAUGUACUUACCCGAUCACCGUCGUUCCCCCAGCAGCGAUCGGCGUUGCUCCCGGUGUGGGGAGACUGCCUGAGAGCCCAGUCUCCCUGCGGCAAAUCAGGACCCCGUGGCCACGUGAUCGCGCAAUAGAGCGGUCACAUGGCCACAAUAGGUGUCCAAGUGUCUGCCUGCAGGGGGACUGUCUGUGCUGACGGAGUCUCCCUGCAAGUGUAAAAUAAAAUAAAAUAAAAAAUGUUUUUUUCUUGCGUGUGUGUGUGUAUAUGUAUAUGUGUGUGUGUGUGUGUGUAUGUAAAUUAAAAUAAAUAAAAAUAAAAAUGUUUAAUACAAAUUUUAAAUAAAUUAUAUAUCUAUUUUAUUCUAACUGUAUUUAGAUAUUUAUAUAUAUUUAUAUCAAAAUAAACGUAGAAUGAAAUUGUGUGUGUGUGUAUAUAUAUAUAUAUCUAUAUAUAUAUAUAUAUAUAUAUCUAUAUCUCUAUGUAUAUAUAAAUAAAAAUAACACGAAAUAUACAUAUGUCCAUAUACAAAAUUACAUAAAUAAUUAUAUAAAUAUACACGUAGACUUCAAAUAUAUAAAUAUGCAUAUAUAUUUAAAUUCUACGUGCGUAUUUAUGUAAUAUUUUUACAUAAUUAAGUAAUUUUAUUGAUUGCAAUUUGAGGGACCUGCCUGACAACCCAGGCCAAAAGUCCAGAGAAUUUAAUUUGCUAGCACUGAAUUUAACCCUGUACCUUUCUAUGACACCCUAAAACCUGUACAUGGGGGGUACUGUUUUACUCUGGAGACUUUGCUGAACACAAAUAUUAGUGAUUCAAAGCAGUAAAACAUAUCACAGCGAUGAUAUUGUCAUGGAAAGUGACCUUUUUUGCACUUUUUACUGAUGAUAUAAUUUUUGUGGUACGUAUUACUGUUUUGAAACACUAAUAUUUGUGUUCAAAAAAGUCUCACGAGUAUAACAGUACCCCCCAUGUACAGAUUUUAUAGCGUUUUUGAAAGUUACAGGGUCAAAUAUUUUUACAUUGAAAAUUGCCUGGCUGGUUAUAUUGCCUUUGAGAGCGUAUGGUAGCCCAGGAAUGAGAAUUACCCCCAUGGUGGCAUACCAUUUGCAAAAGAAGACAACCCAAGGUAUUGCAAAUGGGGUAUGUCCAGUCUUUUUUAGUAGCAACUUAGUCACAAACACUGGCCAAAAUUAGCGUUCACUUUAGUUUUUUACUUUUUUCACACACAAACAAAUAUGAUGGCUAACUUUGGCCAGUGUUUUUGACUAAGUGGCUAGUAAAAAAGACUGGACAUACCCCAUAUUGAAUACCCUGGGUUGUCUACUUUAAAAAAAAAAAAAUUGUACAUAUGGGAUGUGAUUCACAGAUUUAUGACAGAUAAGUGUUACAAUGUCACUAUUCAUACAUUUUUAAAAAUAAAUAUUUUGAAACAGCAAUUUCCUAUUUGUAAUUAUAGCCCUAUAAUUUGCAAAAAGUAAACACUGGGUGUUUUUAAACUCAGGACAACAUUUUUUUUUAUCUAUUUAGCAGUUUUUUGCAUUAGCUUUUGUAGGUAAGUAAAAGAUUUUUCAAGCAAAAGUAAAAGUUAUUUUUUUUCAUUUUUUCACCAUUUUUUUUAAAAGUAAAUUAUGACAUGAUACAAAUAAUGGUAUGUAAAGAAGGCCCUUUUUGACCUGAAAAUAACAAUAUAUAACUUGGAUGUGAACAGUAAAUGAGAGAGAGGAAAAUUACAGCUAAACACAAACACCACAAAAGUGUAAAAAGAGCCCUGGUCCUUAACGUAUAAAAUGGCCAAAACAGGCCGGUCCUGAAGGGGUUAAGAGCCAUUUUUUUAUCAACAAUCUAUAGAAGGGAUAACACAUGAACCUAUAGAGAAGAAAAAAAGAAAAAAAAAGUGUCAGUUUUCUGAAUAAUGUAAGCCUGUGAUUUACCUUGUAAAGACCACCAACCCUGUUAUCAGCAAACCAACUUCAGUCCAGGGCAUCACCAACAUGGAUGUGCCUUUGUCUGGUGUGAGUUAUCUUGAAAUGUACUACACACGGCUGGCAUGCUGUAGAAUAGCCAGUCUACUACAGGGUUAAAGCAAAACUAUAACUGUAGUUGGUGAGGUAAUACUCUCUAAGGUGUGCUUAAUUUAUUGGACAUUUUCGAAGUUCCUAGUUGCUUAUCACUCACACCCACAUGACAUCUGGAGCUACUCUCCUACCAGUGUGUUCAGAGUUCAAAUUCAGAAUGGGAAGUUAAUCUACACUACUCUAAAACCAGAGUAAUCUGAAUGUACUUUUCCUGAUUAAAUACUUUUUUGUUAUUAUUAUAGUCACCAAAACAGCUUUAGCUUAAUGAAACAGGUUUUUGUGUAUAGACCGUGCCUCUAAAGUUUCACUGCUCAAUUCUCUGCCAUUUAGGAGUUAAAUCACUUUAUCUCUGUUAAUGCAGCCCUAGCCACACGCCCUUGGCUGUGACUGACAGACUGCAUUAACACAAAACUGGGUUCACUUUCAAUCAGAUGUUACUUACUAAAAGAUUUUAUUUGCGAGGACCUCACAAUCACAUGGCUGGGAUAGCUGGCUUCUGUAUUGCCAGCAGGGGGACUGCCUGUAAUGACAGGUGGUCCCCCUGUUGGCUGAAAAUAAAAUCAAAUAAAUGUUAAAAGUGUAAAAAAAAUAAUAAUAUAUACUUAAUAUAUAUAUAUAUAUAUAUAUAUAUAUAUAUAUAUAUUAUAUAUGAAAUAAGUGUGUGUGUAUAUAUACGUACACUGUCUAGGUGUAUUUUACUAUUAAUAAAUAUAUAUAUAUAUUAUCAAAUUACACGUAGACUGAUACUGAUUAAAUAUAUAUAAUUAUUGUUAUAUAUUUAUAUAUAAUAAAAAAAUUAAAUAUGUAAAUACGUUAAAAAAUAAAAUAAUUAAAAAAAAAUAGAUGUGUGUUAUUUCGUUCUAACUGUAUUGUGAUAGUAAUAUAUAUAUUUAUAUCAAAAUACACGUAGAACGAAAUAAUAUAUAUAUCUAUAUACAUAAAUAUAUAAAUAAAUAUUUUAUACCUAUAUAUAAAUAAAAAUAUUUAAACAAAAUUAUAUAUAUUUCCCUCUGUUCCUGUACGUCAGUGGUCUGAUCUCAAUUAUGUGUCUGUUAGUCCACCCAUUGUACAGUGCUACGGAAUUUGUUGGCAUUUCUUCUGACCAUAUUACUAUUAUUUUUGGACUAGUUGAUUCUAUCCAAUUAGAUCCUAAUUUUAUUACUUGUUUGUUUAGUAUCUGUGUGUUUCUCCCCUAAGAGGGAUUAAUAAAGAGUUUUUUGUUUUUUGCUCUCUGCGUCCACUUUUAUAUUUAUAAUUGCAGAGUAGCUUUCUUCACAUAAGGAUACAAGGUCUUUUUGGGAGGCAGAUUGUUUAUAAUCUGCAACCCAUUAGUCCUAUUUUCUCUUUAAAAGUUAUAGAUGAUUUUCAAUGUUUCUUUCAAAGAUGUAAUUUCCAAAAAUGUGAUGGUUUCCUUUUAUGAUGACAUGACUUAUUACUAUGGAGCAAUGCAUUGCUGUGGAUAAUCACAGAACUGGGUCCAUUUAGGCAUUUUCUUUUUAAUACAAUCACUUUGUACCAUAUGACCGAAUCUUGUAAUCCACAUUCCACGACGGAUAAAACAGCUCAGAGCCUGUAUCACAUUUUAUUUUAUAUAUGAUAUUCUAUGUUCUAGCAUUUCAUAUUUUUAUUGUUUGUAUUAUUGUGUUGAGUGCAGUUUUAUUUCACUUCUUUAAACACUCCCACUAUGGCAAGUAGUGCCAGAUCUGUUGCUUUGGAUAGAUAAAACUACAUAUUUUCUGUAUCCCCACCCUGUUUCAAUAAUAUCACAACCCUAAUGUUUCUAAGAUGAUGCCUUGCCAUAGUCAUAUUCAAGAGAAGGAAUAAUUUGGGUUUAACCUUGAAUACUCUAGAAGGAAACACGUGCCCUUAUGCUGCCCAUGUGCACUGACCUACUUUCUUGUUUUAGAUAUUUAGAGGAAUGCUUUAGUCACUAGCUUUUUUUUGUUUGUUUGAUUACCAUAACUGGUUUCACAGGUUUACUUGGCUACUGCAUGUGUGUAUAUAAAGUGCAGCUUUAUGCAUGCAUGAGCAGAACAAAUAAAUAAUUGACAAUCACAUUUAGAUGUAACGGACAGUUGGUGAAAACACAAGUUGAGUUGUACAAAUUGUAGUUGCCCAAUCUGCCACUUUAACUGGGCUUUACUGAUACUUUAAAUGUCAAGAAGGUGGUCUUUUCAUGAAAAAGGCUAUAUCACUGAGCAACCUCCAAUUCAUUUUUUUACAGUACAAGAGUUCUUAUUGUCGCCCAUGUACAUUUUUAUCUGCAUUUUCGCUAGUUUAAUAACCAUUUUAUUUUUUGUAGUUUGCAGUGCCAGAUCUUGUUCCAAGCCACCACCAUAUUAGGGAUCCUGGCAGUAAUAUAUGCACGCUGCCUUAGUGAGCCAUUUCUAAAAGUCCUGUGCAUGUACACUGUUUCUUUCCGUCCUUCAAAGCUCAAGGAAGAACAGAUGAUUUUCUUAUUAAAGGGACAAUAUAGGCACCCAGACCACUUCAUCUCAUUGAAGUGGUCUAGGUGCAGUGUCCCUGUCCCACUAAUGUUAACAUUGCAGUACUAAGACAGCCUCUAGUGGCUAUCUACCAGACAGCUAUUAGAAGAGCUUCAGGGUGUUUACCUGACUCUGGGUAACUUAACUGAUGCUGGACGUCCUCACGCUCUGCACUCGCUGCGCAUUAAGUCCCCCAUCAGAUGAAGUCGGAGGAGGCGGAGAGCCGACCCAGCAGCGAGGGACUUCGGCACUGGAAUCAGGUAAGUAACUAAGGGGUUUUAUCCACCCUCAUAUGUAGCACGCUCGAGUCCUUUUAUGUAAGAAUACUUGGAAAUUUCCCAGCAUUUCUUAGAAUGUGUAGAAUAUAUGUUAUACUCAACAUUGGGUGGUUUUAUUUUUCUUUUUUUACUAUGAAUCCCUCAUGUUUUCAUGCCUUCCUAGGUAACAUAGACAUAUGCUGACACAAAUUAACAAUGAACAUCUGUUCUUUAAACAGCCAUACAUAAGCUAAUGGUAAUGUAAGACUUCUUAGUAUGUUGUAAGAAAAGCCAACCUGAAAACACAUGAUGAAGAAGAAAGAGGAAUCUGGAAAUUUAACACGCUGAGUGUAUCUCGUAUACAACAGGUCAAGAACAACACUGGGACCAUUUAUAUGUGGGUAAUAGUAAGCAUCAAAAGGGGAAAAAAGCAUAGUCAGGCCCACCAAGUUGACUAUAUAAAUGUUGUUAACAGUAUAAUUAGAUUUUUAUGGUCAUGAACAUAGUUUUAUAAUUUGAACUAGGAAAAAAAAUGUAAAUAAAUUAAUAAUAAAUGAUAAUGCAAUGAAUCAUACUUCAAAAUAACAGAAAUGAUUAGUUUGUAAAAUGAUAAAGGCAAAACAAAUUAAUAAGAGUUCAUUUUAUCUAUACCGAUAGCCAAAGAUUGGGCUGUAUCAAGUAGCCAGGCUGCCGCCAAGGCCACACAUACUGCCAAGGUGAUUCUAUUAAAUAGCUUUUCUUGAUGAAAGGUAGACCCUUCCACAGCUUGGUUAGAAGAAAGAUUCAAGGGUCCCGGUCUAUAUGUCUAUGGAACACACCAUAUAGCAAACCCUUAUCUUCUGCCUAGUAAGGAAUUACGUUGGGGUAUGUCAAUGUCACGUGGACCAAAUAUCCUUAUUAGACUUCUAUUUAAUUUUAUUCUUUAUAAAGUACUCUGCAAUGACCAAAACACAACAUGGUGGGUACCUAUAGUAUCCCUUUAAAGGUCUAAGGCCAGUGCUGGUCGUUGCUGCAUUCUGUUAAUUUAUGACUACAGUGAUUUGCCAACUCUACUGCAGCACUGAUCCAGCCUGACUCUCCACUCAACAUACUGUUCUAUGGCAACACAUUUUUGAAAUUUAAAAUUUUUGACCAAAAUGUCAGAGAUGAAAAAAAUCUCAGAUCUAUGUUUCCCAUUUAGCUAUUUUGACCUAAAAGUUUACAUUUACUUUAAAUUCCCAACAAUUCACACUGUAAAACGUUUCAAUAUUAAACGAUUUAAAAUAAAAUAUAUAUAAAAGAACAUGUAUUGCAUGAACCACUGAUGUUUUCUUAUUUUUUUUUUUUUCAGCUUUUCUCCCUCAUAGCCUUCAUUUGUGAGGAAAUUAUUGAACAUUGUGAAAGCUGUGCAGGUCUCUAUUUCUUCGAGUUUAUGAGCUGCAGUGCCUUCCUCCUGUCUUUACUCGUAAUUAUUGUUUAUUUAACUCCGCUGAGGAAUAAAGUAAACAUUGAGAGCUUCAAGAAAAUGGUAAGUAGACUUGCUAAUGCAUUGUGCUUCCACUGGCAAAGCAAUCCACGUCAAACCUUUGUUAUUAUCUUUCUUUUCUUUUCACAGAUGAAUGAGAACACUUUAAGUAGUAAACAUGUCCAGGUUUAUUCAUUAAAAUAUGAAAUAGUAUGGAAUUUAAAGAGAUACUAUAGUCACCAAAACAACUUUAGCUUAAUGCAACAGUUUUCUUGUAUAGCUCAUACCAUGCAGCUUAAUUCUCUGCCAUUUAGGAGUUAAAUCACUUUGUUUAUGCAAGCCUAGUCACACCUCCCUGCAAGUAAGUGCACAGCCUUCCUAAACACUUUCUGUAAAUGCGAUCUAAUGUUUACACUUCCUUAUUGAAAAUUCGGUUUAAUUCCUAGUUAUUGCACUGUUAAUAGUUUGCUAGACCUUGCCUCCUAUAUGUGAUUAGAGUUCAAUUUACAGAGCAGGAGAUAAAACAUCUAAACUAGUUUAAUAUCUGAAAAUGAAACCAUUUUUUUUCAUGCAGGCUGUAUCACAGCAAGUGGUGGUGUGGCUAGGGCUGCAUUGGCGGGCAUAAACAAAAGUGAUUUAAGUACUAAAUGGCAGAAAAUUGAGAAGUGAGACUUCAGAGAUGUCAUCUAUACACAAAACCUGCUUCAUUACGCUAAAGUUGUUUUGGGGACUAUAAUGUCCCUUUAAAUUGAAUUUCAAUAUAUAAGCCAGAAUAGCAAAAGUGGAAACACACGCUCCAUGUUAGUCCAAGUCCAGUGUUUUCAGUUCAGUUUUUUUGUCCUAAAAUGUAACACUAUUUUUAAAUUCACUUUGAAUCCCCAAUAAGUCAUACUUCAGUGAAUAACCGCAACAUUCAAUAUAUUGUGCAGCAUGGCACAAUUCGUAUUCAUGUAUUAUCAAAGACAGACAAUUCCCCUGAUUUUUCAGGCUCAAUGAUUUUCUUUUUAAGACAUAAUUUAGAUGAUGACAUCAAAUACAUUGUCAGCAAGGAAAAAAUAAAAUCAGUACAUUAGGUCACUAAUUUCUAAGUAUAUCUAGGUAAUACAGGAACUCUGCACUUACCAUCCAAGUUCCAUUCCUACGACUAGGUCGUUAAGCGAGGAUCCCUCAGACCGGCAUGACAACCAAGUUUAGCGUGCUCUAGAGAGCAGGUCUAUGUUCGGGAAUUCCCUUGAACAUUGACCAGCUCACUAGCACUGGGAAUGCCUUUGUUCAGUGGAAAUUCCUUCAGACAUAGACCAGAUCUCUAGCACGGGGAAUCCCUCAAAUCUAUGUUAGAGAGAAUUACCGAGACUCAGAUUCGGGGGAUUGCCCGCCCUAGAGACCUGGUCGUAUGUCCGAGCAGUCGUUAAGUGAGGAAUAUCUGUAUAAAGGAGGUCCUUUUUGUGCAUAUUUAAAUAUAUUAAACACAUCUAAGCUAAAUUUAGCUUUGUUAAAAAAUAUAGGUACCUACAGAUAAAAAUAGACAGUAUAGGGCAAUAUUGUAUGUAUACUAGUGUGAGCUGUAAGCUAUUGCACUCAUGCAUUCAAGAAAUACAUUGAUUGUAGACAUAUCACCCAAUACUCGGUAUAGAAUGUUGUAACAGAUGCCUCCAUUUACAGAGCUCAAGCAGGGGCUUGAAGGUCAACCUCCUCUGCACACACAUACUUUUCAUUAUUGCUCCUUACCUUAUGGAGCCGAUGGGGGGCAUUUCCCUGGGGCCCUCCAACUCCUCACUGCUCCCUUGCGCGAUUUAGUGAUGCCGGGUGCAGGAAUAUGACAUCACUGAGGGAGCAGUGAGGAGCUGGAACACUGAGCUCCCUCACUGGCCGCCAGCGUCCUGCUUCCUCCCCGGCCGGGUAAGUGUUAGAAGAGUAGGCAACUGCAAUAUGGGGACAGCAGGUGCCUACUCUGCUAUAAAACUGACCAUGCACUCGCGGCUCACCGGGCUGCAAAACCGGUCCUUGUGGGCCGCAUGCGGCCCAUGGGCCGCGAGUUUGACAUGCUUGCUCUACACCAUGUAUUUUCUCUUGUUUUUAUAUGUCCAAGUAACCCGAGUAAGAAAGAGGACAUUCUACAUCCAGUAUUGGGUGAUAUCUAUACAAUCAAUGUAUUCCUUGUAAGUGCAAUAGCUUGCAGCUCGUACUGGUGUACAUACAAUAUUGCCCUAUAUAUUGUUAUCUGUAGAUACAUUAAUUUUUAUUAUAUCUGUUAAGAAAAGGAGGAGUCCUUUAACUACAGUUAAAAGUUUUUAAAGGAUAAAUCUUUACUUUUAUCCCUUUACACAUUUCCCCACUUGGGUUAUAUGUAGUAUUUCUGGAGUGCAUUUCUUUGUACCCAUAGGUGUGCGUGUAUAAAAUACUGAAGUAUUUAGGAGAGAAUUUCCAGAGUACCUAUAUAACCUUUCAGACGUCAGGACCAGAUUAAAAUCGGGACCAUGGCAUAGUCGUGCCUCCCGCCGCCCCACCCUCCAGGGUGUACUGAGAUAUUACAGUUUCCCAUUAAUGCACAGUGUGUACUGGGAUAUUACAGAGCCCCCAGAAAUGUGCAGGAUGCACUGGGAUAUUAGAGCCCCCAGUAAUGUGCAGUGCAUACUGGAAUAUUACAGAGCCAACAGUAAUGUGCAGAGUGUACUGGGAUGUCACAGUGUCAUUAGUAAUGUGCUGUGUGUACUAGGAUAUUAGAGUUCCAAGUAAGGUGGAGUGUGUACUGGGAUAUUACAGAACCCCCAGUAAUGUGCAGGGUGUACAGGGAUUUUACAAAGCCCCCAAUAAUGUGCAUUGUGAACUGGGAUAUUACAGAGCCCCUGGUAAUGUGUAGUGUGUACUGGGAUAUUACAGAACACUCAGUUAUGUGCAGUGUGUACUGGGAAAUUACAGAGGCUCCAGUAAUGUGCAGUGUGUACUGGGAUAUUACAGAGCCCUCAGUUAUGUGCAGCGUGUACUGGGAUAUUACAGAGCCCCCAGUAAUGUGCAGUGUGUACUGUGAUAUUAAAGAGCCGCCAGUAAUGUGCAGUGUGUACUGGGAUAUUACAGAGUGCCCAGUAAUGUGCAGUGUGUACUGUGAGAUUACGGAGCCCCCAGUAAUGCACAGGGUGUACUAACGGAUUACAGAGCACCCAGUAAUGUGCAGUGUGUACUGGGAUAUUACAGAACCCCCAGUAAUGUGCAGUGUGUACUGUGAGAUUAGAGGCCCUAGUAAUAAAUCAAGCAUAUAUUAUGCUAACAUAUAUAUACAACAGACAUAUUAAAUAUACUGAUAUGCCUCACACAAUAUAUUUUAGAAAUCACACAACUUAAAACUGCAUAUGCAUCACUCAUGUAAAUAUCGGACACCUACAAAAGAAUUACCUUCUGAUAGAAUUUUGAACUUUACAUACAUAUAUGUCAGGCUGCGGUACACAGAAUUAUACAAUAACUACCCAGUUGUAGCUAUAUGAAAUCCAAAUUACAACAUUGAGGCUAAAGUGACUACUAAUGAGAUGGAGAAUUUCUCUAAAUGCUAUUGUUGCCUUAAUUUUGCCAUUUAAAUUUCAGUUCACUACAUUUUGUAGUAGAUUGUAUGACUAAAUAUGUGAAUAAAUUUGGCUAGUCAUAGGGUAACAAAACAACACUAAAUACAUAAUGUGCUGAUGAUUUUACUAAAUCUACUAAUUUAUCCAUUGUGCAUAUGCAAAUGCAAUUACGGGCCUAACUAUGUAACGUGUACGUAUAUACAGGCAUUUUGGUAUAAUUUGAGAUAUAAACAAUCAAAAAGAGAGCGCAUGUAUUACAAGUAAAAGACCUACAUAAUAGUCUAUAUAUGGUCAAAAUAAAACAAUAAAAAUAGUACCCAAUGUACUCAAACAGUAAUAGCUGCUAAAACAAAAAGAAUUUUCCCAAUUCCAAAUAACAAAUGCGAAUAUGAAUUUCAGCGCUAAGUAGAUAAUCCCCUUAAAAAUAAAAAAGGUGCAUAUAUAUGCAAAGAUGGAAAAAUCAUGCCAAAAAAGUGUCCAGAAUGUAUAGUUCCGUAACAAAGUCCUGCAAUGAAAAAGUCCAAAUAACGUUGUGAUAUGUAGGAACUCAAAAGCAUGUAGAAAUACCUUGAGAAAAGAGAAACAGAAAAAGAUACAUAGCGUGAUACUGUAUCAAAAUUUAUUGCCCAGGAUACAAAAGAGAACAAUCCCCCCCAACUUCAAAACUCUUACAUUAAAUAAAAUAUGGUACUCAUCAUAGUAGAUUUUGCCGAAAAAGUUCUUUCACAGCCACUCGUGUUCUUCCCUUAGAGACAGCUCCUCUCCGGUGCACUCAGGAGGGCUGCCCGUGAUGUAGUCUAUGGAGGAACGCUGGCUGAAAGUCCGGCUUCUAUCGAGUACUUGUAAAAUCUGCCACUGAUGAAUCUUGCAGAUAGACAAUUGUAGCACCCUAUCAGAUAGCGCUGAAAUUCAUAUUCGCAUAAUUUGAGAUAUAUCUACAAUUUCCAGUAAAGGGAAUACACCAAGCACAAUAACCUCUAUGGCAUGCUGUAGUGGUUAUGGUGCCAGUAAUGCCCUGGCGCCCCACAUUGGAUGUAAAUAAACCAUUUUAGAGCCAGAAGCUCUCUGAGCUAAGUCUUGCAGUGCAUGUCUUAGUUCAGUAAAGCUAACAGAAGAGAGAUCCGGCUCUCUGGAAGGUAGAUGAGUGGGGGAGUGGCACCCAGCAGAUCCCAGGUAACUAGACAAAACAUUCUAACUACUGUUCGACUACUUACAAUGGGGAAGCCUGGGGACUCGUGGCACCUUAAAGGGACACUAUAGUCACCACAACAACUACAGUUUAUUGUAUUUGUUCUGGUGAGUAGAAUCAUUACCUGCAGGCUUUUUGCUGUACACAUUGUCUUUUCAGAGAAAAUGCAGUGUUUACAUUACAGCCUAGUGAUAACUUCACUGGCCACUCCCCAGAUGUCUGUUAGAGAUCCUUCCUGAUUCAUGGCUGCCUAAAAUGCAUCAAAACAUUCAGUGUCUCCACCCUCUGCAUGCAGACACUGAACUUUCCUCAUAGAGAUUCAUUGAUUCAAUUCAUCUCUGAUCUGCAACUACAGGAAACGUUUGGUUGAAGUUAUUGCUGCCAAAGGAGGUUCAACCAGUUAUUAAAGCCAAGGGUUCACAUACUUUUUCCACCUGCACUGUGAAGGUUUACAUGGUGUGUUCAAUAAAAACAUGGCAACAUUUCAUUCUUUGUGUGUUAUUAGUUUAAGCAGACUGUGAUUGUCUAUUGUUGUGACUUAGAUGAUGAUCAGAUCACAUUUUAUGACCAAUUUGUGCAGAAAUCCAUAUCAUUCCAAAGGGUUCACAUACUUUUUCUUGCAACUGUAUAAUAAAAUGAGGCUUAAAUUGAAACUGUAGGCAUCCAGACCACUUCUGCCCAUUGGAAUGGUCUGAGUGCCUUGCCUAUCUCCCCUUAGCCCUGUUAGUCAAAACCUCGGUCAAAAACCGCAGUGUUUUUAUGACAGCGCUAAUCCCACCUCUAGUUCCUGUCUCUCAGACAGCCGCUAGAUGGUGCUUCCGUGUUCUUAGAGCACCAAAAGUGUUUUAAAUGACGUUCAACGUCCCCACGCUCUGCAUGAGGACGUUGAGCGUUGCCAGAAUCCCAAUGUGUGUGUGUCUGUGUUUGUGAGUGUGUGUGUCUGUCUAUCGGUGAGUAUGUGUGUCUGUCUGUCAGUGAGUGUGUGUCAGUCAGCAAAUAUGUGUGUGUGUCUGUCUGUGUGUCAGUGAGUAUCUGUGAGUGUGUGUGUCAGUGUGUCUGUAUGUGUGUGUAUGUCAGUGGGAGGAUCAGAUUUGGCAUAGGGUAGUAGAGGGGGGUUGGGAUUUAGUAGGAGGGGGGUGAUGUGGUUUAGUAGAGGGAGAUGCUGGGGGGGGUGGUUUAUACUGUACUUUUAAAAAUAAACCUAAGUUUCUAUGAAAAUUUACGAUAUUUUUUUUUUUUUUUUGCGGCCCACAUUAACUUAAACCUUGUUUAUGUGGCCCGAUCCAGACUUUGAGUUUGACAAGCUUGAUGUUAUACAUUGGCUGUAGAUCAUUACAUAAACCAUAAACUAUAAUGGAUUGAAAUCCAAAUGGCAAAAUAUCUGUUCUGGAAAAAUGUUCCCACUCUGCUAUAGUCACAGAUAUUUUAACCUAGAGAUUUUUAUUUUCUACUAUUCUGAAUUUUGUGAAUAAGUUUGUUAAUAGUCAUAUAUAGCUUGGUUUCUGCUUCAACGUGUGUGCUUGGACAUGUUCUGGAGAGUUUUACAUAUUCUUCAACUGUCUAAGAUUUUGCUAAGAGUUUUCUUUUUACUGUUACAGGUAAGAUUCAUCUAUAGUGAAAGGUUACUAACUGCACACGGUUUGAGUGUAGUGGUGUUAUGGAGACAAGCUCAGGCACUCAGUGUAGUGCUGUUGUGGAGACAGGCUCAGGCAAUGAGUGUAGUGGUGUUGUGAAGACAGGCUCAGGCACUCAGUGUAGUGGUAUUAUGGAGACAGGCUUGAAGACUAUGGUGAGGCCUAAUAGAAAGCAGUUGUUGUUGGGGGAUUCUAUCAUAAGAGGUGUGGAGAUGGACAAUGGUGGUCUUGUGAGAUGUCUUCCCGGAUCUACUGCUCACAGAGACAGGAGACGUAUUUGUAAUAUUGAUAAGCGAGCAAAGCAGGAAGGGGAAUUGGAUGUACUUGUCCAUCUAGGGACAAAUGACUUGGCUUGCAAUGAGGUUUCAGAAGUAAAGGAAGUUUUUUGUGUUUUUGCCAAUGAUAUAUGGCAGGUUGCUUCCACAUUGUCAUUCUCUGAAGUUCUGCUUGUCCAAGUCAACGGUGCUACCAUCAGCUCCACCACGCAGGCUCGCUGCCUAGGUGUUCUCUUUGACUCCGACCUCUCCUUCAAGCCUCAUGUUCAAUCUAUCGCCAAAUCCUGUCAUUUCCAUCUAAAAACCAUUGCGCGCAUCCGCCCCUACUUGCCAGAUGCGACUAAGGUGUUGGUCCAUUCCACUGUCCUUUCUCGCCUUGACUACUGUAAUCCACUUCUCAGUGGUCUUACGUGCUCCCAACUAGCGCCGUUACAGUCCAUAAUGAAUGCGGUGGCAAGGCUCAUCUUCCUGUCCGCACGCACCUCCCAUGCCUCACCCUUCUGUCAAUCCCUACAUUGGCUUCCUAUAAAAUAUAGAGCUCAAUUUAAAAUUCUGGUUCUUGCUUUCAAAUCUCUAUAUAAUGCUGCUCCCUCCUAUCUAUCCUCCCUUAUACACAAGUAUGUUCCGUCUAGGCCCUUACAAUCUGCUGAAGACAUAAGUCUAUCUUCUGUCCGUACUCCCACCUCUGAUGCUCGCCUUCAAGAUUUCUCGAGGGCUGUGGAACUCGCUUCCCUCCUCCGUUAGAUGCUCACCCAGUCUCCACUCCUUCAAAAAAUCGUUAAAAACCCACUUCUUCAUAAAAGCGUAUCCAUUAAACUGUUAAUAGCUCCUGACUGAUUCCUCUUCUGCAACUGUCAUUAGUCUAAUACUAUCCUUACCUUUUUGUGUCAUUUUACCCCAUGUCAAUAAUGGCAACUGAUAAUGUAGAUUUAGUGGCUAUUACUUAGACAUGGUAUAACAAUAAAAAUAACUGGCACAUAGCAAUACCAGGGUACUCUUUAUAUAGAAAGACAGGGAAGGCAAGAAAGGGGAAGGGGUGGCCCUGUAUGUGAAGGAUAACAUAAAAUCUAGCCUAAUAAAAGUUAGUGAGGCGAACAUAGAGUCCGUUUUGGUUACGUUUAAAAUUUGGUAAUCACACAGUAACUCGUGUAGUUGUGAUUUAUAGGCCCCCAGACAAAUAGAAAAGUUAGAUAAUAUACCAGUUGAGGAAAUAGCUAAAAUGACAAUGAAGAGGGAAGUUAUCAUCAUGGGUGACUGGGAUUGUCUCUAAAACAAGUCGUUGAGAAGCCAACUCGUAAAGAGGCCAUACUAGAUUUAGUGUUAGCAAAUGGAGAUUUGGUAUCCGAUAUUACUGUACGUGAAAGUUUAGGAUCCAGUGAUCAUCAGUCAGUGUGGUUUAUUAUAAGAACAGUGACUGAGUCACACCACACAAAAACAAAAGUUGCAGACUUUUCUAAAAUUAGAAUAUGUGUAAAGAGGUUAUUAUCAGACUGGAGCUAUUUAAAUGUAGUCCAAGAGAAAUGGGAUUAUUUAAAAGUUGUACUGCUGAAGGUAACAGAAAAUUGCAUUAGGCUUGUCAGUAAAAGCUAAAAUUUCAAGAAACCCCUGUGGUACUCCACAGAUAUGGCCAAAAUAGUAAAAAAAACAAAAGGUUAGCAUUUAGUAAUUUAUAAAACAAAAAACAGAGUAAGGAAGAUAGACAGAUCAAUAAGAUUAGGCAGAAAGAGGCUAAGCAAGUUGUAAGAGCAUCCAAAUCACACACAGAAGAGAAAAUAGCACAGUCAGUAAAAUAAGGGGACAAAACAUUUUUGAUACAUAAAUGAGAAAAUGAAAGUAAAACAAGGAUUAGUUUGAUUAAAAAUCAAAGAAGGAAUGUAUGUAGAAGAGGAUAAAUGUUUAGCUGACUGCCUCAAUAAAUAUUUUUGUUCAGUAUUUACAGAUGAAAAUGAAAGAGAGGGACCUCAGUUAGGAAAAAGGACAAAUGAGUAAUUUGUUACAUGCGAGUUUACAGAGGAAGAGGUACCAUUUUAAAGGACCACUCUAGGCACCCAGACCUCUUCAGCUUAAUGAAGUGGUCUGGGUGCCAGGUCCAGCAAGGUUUAACCGUUUUUUGCUGUAAACAUAGCAAUUUCAGAGAAACUGCUAUGUUUACCCAUGGGUUAAUCGAGCCUCUAGUGGCUGUCUCAUUGAUAGCUGCUAGAGGCGCUUCUCAUUGUGAUUUUCACAGUGAGAAGACGCCAGCGUCCAUAGGAAAGCAUUGAGAAUGCUUUCCUAUGGACUGGCUGAAUGCGCGUGCGGCUCCCUCCCGCUGAGCAUUGAGCUGAAGUGGUCUGGGUGACUAUAGUGUCCCUUUUAACCAAUCAUUGUUAACAGGAGUAGUCACAGAAGAUUGGAAGUUAGUGAAUAUUGUGCCCAUUCACGGUAGUAGGGAGGAGUCGGGCAACUAUAGGCCAGUAAGCCUUACUUCAUUAGUGGGGAAAGUAAUGGAAACCAUGUUAAAGGAUAGGAUUGUUGAACAUCAGAGACAACAUGGGUUUACUUCAGGGAGAUCAUGCCAAACUAAUCUUAUUGCUUUUUUUAAAUUGGGUACCGUAUAUACUCGAGUAUAAGAUAAGUUUUUCGGCACAAUUUUUGUGCUGAAAAAACCCCACUCGUCUUAUACUCAAGUCACUGUCUGUAUUGUGGCAAAUUACAUUGCCAUAAUACAGACCAGGACCGCCGGGUUUAUUGCAAGCCCGGCGGUCCUGUUGCGGGCUGGCAGCGAGCUGUUACUUACCUUUCCUGCAGCUCCUGUCAGCUCCCUUCUACUCCCUGCCGGUCAGCUCCAAGUGUAAGUCUCGCGAGAGCCGCUCAGACAGCGAGACUUACACUGGGAGCUGACUGGCUUUUGACACUGUUGCACAUAGAAGGCCUAUUAAUAAACUGCAAUCUUUAAGUUUGGAUUCCAAUAUUGUUGAAUGGGUAAGGCAGUGGCAAGGUGACAGGCAACAGAGGGUUGUAGUCAAGGGAGUAUAUUCGAAGCUUGGACUUGUCAUCAGUGGGGUUCCUCAGGGAUCUGUACUAAGACCCAUACUCUACAAUAUUCUUAUUAGUAAUAUUGCAGAAGGUCUUGAUGGUAAGGUAUGUCAUUUUGCUGAUGAUACUAAGAUAUGUAACAGGGUUGAUGUUCCAGGAGGGAUAAGCCAAAUGGCAAGUGAUUUAGGUUAACUAGAAAAAUGGUCAGAGUUGUGACAUUUAAUGUGGAUAAGUACAAGAUAAUGCAUCUUGGACGUAAAAACCCAAGGGCAGAGUACAGAAUAUUUGAUAGAGUCCUAACCUCAACAUCUAAGGAAAGGGAUUUAGGGGUGAUUAUGUCUGAUGACUUAAAGGUAGGCAGACAAUGUAAUAGAGCAAGAGGAAUUACUAGCAGAAUACUUGGUUGUAUAGGGAGAGGUAUUAGCAGUAGAAAGAGGGAAGUGCUCCUUGUACAGAAUACUAGUGAGACCUCAUUUGGAGUAUUGUACGCAGUACUGGAGACCGGAUUUCCAGAAGGAUAUUGAUACUUUAGAGAGAAUUUAAAGAAGGGCUACUAAACUGGUUCAUGGAUUGCAGGAUAAAACUUACAAGGAAAGGUUAAAGGAACGUAACAUGUAUAGCUCGGAGGAAAGACGAGACGGGGGAUAUGAUAGAAACAUUUAAAUACAUAAAGGGAAUCAACGCAGUAAAGGAGGAGACUAUAUUUAAAAGAAGAAAAACUACCAGAACAAGAGGACAUAGUCUUAAAUUAGAGGGACAAAGGUUUCUAAAGUAAUAUCAGGAAGUAUUACUUUACUGAGAGGGUAGUGGAUACAUGGAAUAACCUUCCAGCUGAAGUGGUAGAGGUUAACACAGUAAAGGAGUUUAAGCAUGCGUGGGAUAGGCAUAAGGCUAUCCUAGCUAUAAGAUAAGGCCAGGGACAAAUGAAAGUAUUUAGAAAAUUGGGCAGACUAGAUGGGGCAAAUGGUUAUUGUCUGCCAUCACAUUCUAUGUUUCAUAUCCUUGAUAUACUUGGACCCACCAAGAGGCUUAUUUUGCUAAGUACCUUGUUACAACUAAAUUAGACUUUGUAAUGUUUCUUGUUCUGUUUUAUAAAGAUAUUAAAUACUCUGGAUUUUUACUGUAUUUCAUCCUUACUCUCUGUGCCAUUAUAUUGUCAUGUCUGUUGUCCAUUGUUUGCAUUUUAUUCAUUAUCUACAUAACCUGCAUCACAACAGUGUAGUUUUAGACAGAUACCAAAGUGUGCUCCAAAUACCCGUUAUCAAUGUUUAACUCAAAAUGUGUUGAUGUAGUUUAUCUCAUAUUGCCAUCUAGAGGAAACGUUUGAACCUAGCAACGAAUAUUGUAUUUCUUGUUUUUUACAGGAUUUUUACAUUUCUGUAGCAGUUGGAGUUUUAUUUUUGAUUGCUUCAAUUGUGUUUGUAGCGACAAAGGACCCUAAUUCCAUUGGGGACGUGGCUGUGGUGAGUAUGUGUUUAUUAAUUGUACCCAUCUAAACCAUUUGCCUAUUUACACAAUGUUUACUUGUGCCCAUGCAAAACGUUUGUCAACAUACCAUUACUAGUUUCAAACCACAUAUCAUUUGUAAUAAAACCUGCUGAAUUACAGGAAAAACCUUUCUUCGGUUACUAGUUGCUGCGACUCCAGUUCACAGGGGAAUUGAAUAUGUAACCAAGUGUGAGAGAAGGAGUCUGCAUUAAUGGACAUGUCUUUGAAAAUUUUGGAUUGCCUGUCAUUUAUAGGGUCUGCACAUAUUUUUAUAAUGUGUUGUUAACCAUUUUUGUCUACAAUAAGGUAUGCACUUUCCAUGAUCUACCUGGUGGACUAUUCUGAGAUCUCCAUCUGUGCUGACUUUUUGGCUGGUCUUGAUAUAAUUUUUCACUGUUAUUCUCUUGUAAUACAUUUGACUUCAACUUAUCAUGUUAUUACAAGUAUUUUUAAUGCUAAAUAGUUGUAUUGGAAAUGUUCUGCAAUCCAGUUAUUUUUACAGCUCAUUAAUUUAGGUCUAUCAUGUGGAUUUCCCUGACCAGUUCCCACUUUAGUGAACAAACCUCUGUGCACUGUUGGAAGGGGAGUUUGUUCCCCUUUUUUUUUUUUUUAAAGGAUCUUAAAAUGUAUAGCUUGGAGGAAAGACAAGACAGGGGGGAUAUGAUAUAAACAUUUAAAUACAUAAAGGGAAUCCACACAGUAAAGGAUCUCCCCUGUCGGCUCAUGCGGAGCUGGCGCUGUCCUAGCUCUGCUCUAAGCCUCCAUGGGCUGGUGGGGAGAUCAAAGAUCUACCUCACGACCCACAGGCAAGGAGGGAGGCAGGACAGGACCUGGGGAGCUCUAGCCAGCAGCUCAGUCGGUGUUCCUCUUGCGACAACGCUCAGAUCUUGAGAGAGUGAACUCUAGCCCCGCAGGUUAGAGUUCACUCUCCACUGGACCACCAGGGAUGGUAGCAGCAAGGUCCCUCUUCCCUACAUAAGGUAAGAAGGGAGGGGGGAUAUUAACUAAUCUGCCCCCACCUCCACCCCCACAAUCCCCCCAACAUACAGCACACACACACACAUUCAGCACACAAACAGCACCCUCACACAUACAGCACACAAACAACACCCUCACACACACAGCACACAAACAGCACACAUAAACAGCACCAUCACAUACAGCACCCCCAUACACACACAGCACCCUUACAAACACACAGCACCCUCACAAAUACACACACAGCACACUAACAGCACCCUCACAAACACACAACACCCACACACAGCACACAAACAGCACCCUUACACACACACACAUCACACACACAGCACCCUCACACAGCACACUAACAGGACCCUAACAAACACACACACAACACACUAACAGCACCCUCACACAGCAGUGUGUGUGUGUAUAUAUAUAUAUAUAUAUAUAUAUAUAUAUAUAUAUAUAUAUAUAUAUAUAUAUAUACACAUAUAUAUAUAUAUAUAUAUACAUAUAUAUAUAUAUACACACACAUACAUACAUAUACACGCGGCGUGUGUUUGUGCUUUAGGGUGCACACCCUAAUGCAAUAAGCUGUGCACGCAUAUGCAUGGAAUAGCCAUCCAGCUGAAGUGGUAGAGGGUAACACAGUAAGGGAGUUUAAGCAUGCGUGGGAUAUGCAUAAGGCUAUCCUAGCUAUAAGAUAAGGCCAGGGACUAAUAAAAGCAUUUAGAAAAUUGGGCAGACUAGAUGGGCCGAAUGGCUCUUAUCUGCCGUCACAUUCUAUGUUUCUAUGUUUUUAGUUACACAAUCCUCUUGUAAUAAAGCCAAGAUACACAUUGACCUUUAUAAAGCUUUACAGAAAGACAUCCGUAGGCUUAACAUCAAGUGAAUAAAUUAAAUUAAUAUUGUAGAGGGUCCCCUACCAGUCAUGGGUGCAUACCAAAGCAGUACCUAAUAUUGUAUAAACAUUUUAUAAAGCGGCUGUAAUAUUUUUGUCUCUCUCAGGAUCUAUUUUUGUUGUCUAUUUCUUUUUAAAAAAAAAACAAAAAACAAUUUUCACAUUUUUUUUUUUGUUUUUUUUUUAGGCAUUCGGCUUUCUGGCAAGUCUCUGCUUUCUAGGGGAAGCUGGCUUAAAGUUUCGUCAAGACAGAAGCCUACUUAAAAAGAAGAGCCCUGGUAAUGCUGCAAAUGGCCCAGAAAAUGCGCCACUUAACCAACCACCAUCAACUGCAACUGCUAAUGCUUAAAAAAAACUUUCCUAAAGGCCACUUUCCACACUCUUCAAUGACAUUUUAGAAGAUGCCAACUCUCAAACAAAACCAGAUGCCUUGUAAAUAUCUUGUACUGCGGUGGCAAAUCUUAUGUAAUUGUUUUUUGUUUUUUAUAUAAAUAUAUAUAAUUGUAUUUGAAUCAAACAAACCCAAGAUAUUUAAGAAAUUCAGAGGUCGUAACGACUAUUCAUACCAACGUGAUGAAAAUGUGUUUGUUGGGGUCUUUUUCAAGAUUAUAGAAUCAAACUACUUUUCAAUUUACAUAUAAACACAUGAAACAUGAAUUUAUGAAAAGACUAAUUACAGGCAGUUGUAAUUUUAAAUAAUUGAAAAUCAGUAUGAAAUGAUUUAGGUUAAAUGAUGAGGUGUGAACAAUGAAUCUAAAAACUCUUGUUUUAUAUAAAACUGCUUUUGGAAACCAGUGAUCACAAAACCUUUUUAUAAUACUGAAAUCAUAUUGCAUUGGGUCUUAUGCAAUUCUGUUUUUAGGUAGAGAACGCUUCCAAAAAUAUAUAUGGUGGUGACCCAGUAAAAUCCUUGCAUCACACGUUAUCAAUAGGAGUUAAAUGUAUUUGUAAAAAGACCACUUGUAGUGUAUGAUUUUCCAGUGUUCUGUAAAUGAAAAAAAAAUGAAUUCACGUACAAAUUGCCUUUACUGCUUAGGGGUAAAUAAUAAACUUUUAUCCCACCCAAGAAGAUGUAUCUUUAAUGUUGAUGGUGAAAUUUAAUUCAUGUUGAAAUAUAUAUUCAGUUGUUGCAUUCCAUCAUUGACAAACUAGACAGGAAUUACAACCAACUUGCUGGGAUGCAUUUAUCAACUAGUGCUCCGGUCUAGUUGGGUGAAUGUAUCCUGUUUACUGUCAAAGAACUAUUAACUUAAUUCUAAAGGGAAAAACACUGAAAGAAUAUUGGUUGUCGUCAUACAAAUACUACACAUUUAAUAUGUUAAUAGAAUUAUAGUAUCAUAGAAAACAUGCCCUUUUUCACGUCACCUGUAAAUUCAGUCUCUGUCCCAACCCAGUUAGGUAGUCCAAAAAUCUAAAUUUUGUCAGAAACCCCCAUUGGAUCAGAAAUAAAAAAAAGUCUAAAUUCAGCACUUGUGGUGUGCCCUUUUGCCUUGGUUUAAAGCAAAUUGCUCUGUAGGGCAGAGAGGCAGUGUUCAUUUUGGUGUGAAAUUUCAAUUUAGUUUUAGUCAUUGUCUUUUACAUUUAGUCGCAUUUUAAUUAUCUGAAUUGUCUAGUUUUAGUCAACUAAAUCUCCAGUAGAUUUUAGUCGCCAUGACUAAAAUCUAAUGGGUUAAGUUAAAGCCUCUAUCUUUUGUCCCUUCCCCAGCCCCUUUAGGUGUCUCUCUUCCAAGCUCUAAUCUGUCUCUUUUGCCCCUUCCACAGGCCUUAGCGCAGUGUUAAUUUUCACGGCAAAUUUUUAUUUAGUUUUAGUCAUAGUCUUUUCACUAAGCCAUUUUAGUCAUCUGAAUUGAUUUAGUUUUAGUCGACAAAAUUUACACUGCAGUGAGGGACUUCCUUCACGUGGUAGGUUCUUUUGAACUACCAUGAUGCUCACAUUUGCUCUAACAAGGUUCUCCAUCACUGUUAUAGGGGAUGAUUGGAUCACUGAACUAAAUGUGUAUUAUAUAUUCUGUUGCAUUAUAAGAAAAUAUUAAACAUUUUAUUAAAUUGCUUGAAGCUGAUAUUUUCGUAUUUAAAUUUUACUAUGCUGUUGUCUCAGUCUUACAAUGAAUUUCUAGUUAUAGCAAUUUUAAGAUUAUUCUCAUUUUUAUAAAGUUUUACAGGUUUGUUUGUUCACUACACAAAUUAUACCUGAAUUUCUAAUUGCUCAACUCAGCUGUUAUUUUAACCUCAAUUUUGCUGAAAACAAAUUGGAACUGCAAGUGUAAUUUUAACAUGUAAAGAAAUGUACACUAUAAUAUUUUGUUAUUUUCACAGCUCUAAAAAUAAUAACCAGGAAUCUUCAUGUUAGAUUAGUAACAGGAGAGAUUAUAUUUUAUUCUGUAUUUUCAUACUGAAUUGAAAUUUACUCUUCGUAUUUCACGACUCCAUUAAAAUACCUGUAUUUCAAGAUGA